AUGAAUAGAGAUAGGGAAAGUGCUUCCAAUCUCGAUAACAUUACUACUUCAAGUGGCCGUGUUGCGAGCGUGCGAAGGUAUCGUUCCAAAGCACAGAGACCGUGCGAUCUGUGUCGGUCCCGCAAAGUUCACUGCAAUAUCCCCGAUCCAUCCCAGCCGUGCACACUUUGCGAGCGUACUAGGCGAUCUUGCACAUUUCUGGAAAAGCCGAAUCGUAAGCCCAGCAAAAAACAAGCCCAAGACUUCGGCCCACUGUCGCAAUCCCCUCGACGUGAUGGAUUCUCGGAGUCUAUUGCCGGGGGCAUAGUCUCCGGUACAACUAUCGACACACAGAGGCCGCCCUCCAUUCUUCCACCCUCCCAGGAUGGAAAUCGAUCCCAACAACUUCCAGGCACAGGUAAUGAUCGUUUUCUAUCUGACAUCCGUGGUGUGCCCAACGAAUCACUCCUCGACAGUCCCUUGAUCGCAACUGGCUGGCCUCGCGAUGACUGGCCCACGUUCAACAAUGACGAAUUCCAAGACAUGUUUGACUCUUUUGGGCGAGAAAACAUCUCGGACCUACUACCUGCUGACUCAACCAGCUGCCUUGGUCUCAAUACUACUGAUAAGAGUCCAUCAUGGUCACAUUCCAGUCAGCCUGAAGGCUUAGAGGAGUUAACCUUCGAUCAAAAGCCCGAUUUCUCCUCUCAACUUUUUGGGUUCUCGGGCGAGUCUGACCCAUUCCUCUUGCGAAAUUACCCGUAUGAUGACUCAGGUGAAGUGAAGUUCUUCAGGCUUAUUUAUAGAAUGGCUUCAAAUACAGCCGCUGGCCCCGAACCCGACAAUAUAGUUCUCUCUGAAGGCCAACGGGGAACGAGAUCGGCCGGAACCGUGCCUGUUUACUUUCUGCAAAACCAUAGCCAAACAGUAUCCCGGUCUUUACAAGCUAUUGAAAAGUGCAUGUUCGAACAAGGCACGUGCACCCCAAGAACCCAACUCGACAAUCUCGUGAGUCCAGAGAUGGGAGUCGGACUAGUGAAGCUGUAG